AUGAGCUCUAGAUUUGCCAAUCGCAGAAAGCCCCGCAAGGUUGGCGGGGAUGACGAGGAGGACGAUGGAGGCGCUCCAUCAGAGCCAGUCGUUAAGCGCCCAGUCGCCUUUAAGCCGAAACAGAAAUCUAAAUUGCAGCUCUCCUUUGGCGCCGAGACGUCUAUGACCGACGACCAAGAGAGCGAAGUGGUCCUACCGAAACGCCACGGUCUAGGACGAAAAGCAAUGGAACGAAGCGCCGCUCAAAUCCCCACAGUUGGCCAAGACCCAGACCGGCCUACAUACAGCCAUGACUACUUGAAGGAACUUCGGGAUUCCACUCCCUCCACACCGAAAACCACUACCGAUGACGAAUCCAGCAAGGCUGUGGACGUCGCGGCUAAGUUUGGCGAGAUUAUGACUGUGCCAGGACAGGCACACAUUCCCAGCGAAGCUGAGAUUCGGGAGAAAAAGGCCCGACGAGCACGUCUAGCUAUGGAACAAGGUGCGGAGGAUGACGGUUUCAUUUCAUUGGACGCCAACGGUGCGGCCCACGUUGAUGACUGGGAUGCCGUUGUACGGGGAGAUAAAGACAUUCAAGAAGCCGAGAAUACAAGACUGAUUCGUGACGAUGAGGACUUUGCGGAAGGGUUCGAGGUCUUCACAGAGGAUGGCAAGAUGGCGCUUGGACGAAAGGCGGAGCGCGAGAAGAAGCGAAAGGACCGCGAAGCAAUGCGUGACCUCAUUGACGAUGCGGAGGGUAUCUCCGAUGAAGAUGAUUCUGACUUGGAGGAAAAGGCUGCCUAUGAAGCUGCUCAGGUUCAUGCGGCGAUGGGUCGUGGCAAGUCAAGUGAUAUUGAUCGUCCGAAGACGCCUCCAAAGGUGACAUCUCUUCCACGGCUGGCUAGCAGUUUCGAAAGAUUGCGCAUGUCUUUGGCAUCCAUGGAAGACGCGAAAACAAAGAUGAUCAGCCGGAUGGAGGAAUUGCGAAAGGAGAAGGCAGAUAUCGCAAUUCGUGAAGUGGAGAUCCAGGCGAUGAUCAAAGAAGCUGGCGAUAACUACGAGCGACUCAAGAAAGAAGCUGGUGUUACUCCAAAGCUCGAUGCUUCCAGUGGAGCUCUGGAAAAGCCCCGAGGAUUGGAAAGUAUUGGUGCACCUGUGUCUAUGCCGAUAAGAGAUUCGUCGAUGGCGGAUUCGUCUGAUUCCAGCUUCGAGGAUUCUUCGUAG